AUGGCAUCAAUGAAUCGUCGGGUUUCAUUCUCAACAACCAACACAUCAAACAUGGAAAUCUCACAUCCCCGCCGUAUACUUGCUGUCAGUCGGCCAGAUUCUGGGCUACUAGAUCUAGUUCAAGGUUUGACAGGCUCAGCACCAACCCUGACAACAGACACCGUAGCAGGAGCAACGCACAACUGGCCCAUCACAACGGGCUACUACACCGCAACUAUUCCCAUCUGGCUAGACGAGAUAUCCGAUGCUUCUGUCUGGUCAGCUGAUUUCCUGGCGCCAGAGGCGAGGGAAGUGCUCACCGUGCUGGGCGCCUUUGUUGUUUGUUUUCGGAAGCCAAUCAAUGAGGAAGGUUUGAGGGAAGUGAAGAAUUUGAUGGAGGGUGUUGCGGAGGUUGUUAAGGAAGGUUGUGGCUUGAUGUGGGAUGGAGUUUGCUUGGCUGUCGGGAUGCCGCAGUCUACAACGCCGUAUUUGGAGAAGAGCUUUGACGAGUGGGAGGAGUUGUGUCAGGAGUAUGGGUUCGAGUUCGUGGAUUUCGAGAGUAAGGGAAGAAAUCAGUACUCAGAACCGAUGGGCAUGGAGCGGUUGAAGGAAGCCUUAGAGGCUAACGAUUGGGAAGGCAAUGAUGAGCUUGGCGAAAUUAUUGACCUUGAUGGUCUUGAGGAUGGUAGUGACGAUGCGGGAAGUGUUGGGUUCGGUCUUGAUGCUGCGGACAAAGCGGAGAUGGAAAAAGAGAUGCGUGGAAUGAAGCAGGCUAUCUAUGGAAGCGGUAAUGAUGGUGAGGAGGAAGAGCCUAACGACAAAGAUGUUGAGGACUUGCAAGCUCUCAUGCUGAAGAUGCAGGCCGUAAGAGAUCUCGGAGCAGAUAUGCCUGAAGUAGAGAGGAAGAAAUUUGCGGCAAAGGCUGUCAGAGAUAUCAUGAAGAAGUUAUAG